AUGGCCGCCCCUGCUGAAAUUAGCAUUAAAGACCUCUCCGGGAAAUGGGUCAUGAACAAAACCCUAUCCGACGACACCGACCCCGUCCUCGCCCUGCAAGGCGUCGGCUGGUGGACACGCAAGGCAAUAGGUCUAGCAACCGUAACGCUGCACGCAAAACAAUACACAGAAGAGGGCACCACGCACAUCGACAUUAGCCAAACGGCCACCGGCGGCAUCCAAGGCACGACCGAGACCCGAACCCUGGACUGGCAGGAGCGCAAACACGAAGACCAUAUAUUCGGGAACCUCAACGGCCGCAGCCGCUGGCUCUCUCCCUCAGCGUACGACGAAAUCACCGAUGCCUUCCUAAAGGCCGACUGGCUAGAAGCGGAUCCCGAGAAAGGCGGACCGGACGGGGAGGUGCAUAUCGAGAGCCGGGUGGUGAACGAGGAGAAGGGGUGGACCGCGCAGCAGGUGUGGGGUUUUGCGCUUGUGGAUGGGCAGAGGUAUUAUGUGAGGAGGAUCCUGGUUACGAAGGGGAAGGAUGAGCUGAGGGUCAGGUUGGUUUAUAAUUGGCAGGGAAAGGAGUAG